AGCGGUACCUUGGGCGGAAGUGCUCUCUGCGGAAGUGAGCACCGCUCUGAGCGUGGGUGGGAUGGCUGUGGGCCGUCUCUUUUUAAGUGGGUUGCGCACACUCUUCGGUACCAUGGCCCAGAACCUUCUCGAGGGUGCGCCCUCCUCCAGGGGCCUGCACGCGGGGCACGGACCCCGAAGGCUCUCCAUCGAAGGCAACAUUGCUGUGGGAAAGUCCACCUUUGUGAAGUUACUCACGAAAACAUACCCAGAGUGGCACGUAGCUACAGAACCUGUAGCAACAUGGCAGGAUAUCCAGGCUGCUGGCACCCAAAAAGACAGUACUACUCAAAGUCUGGGAAACUUGCUAGACAUGAUGUACCAGGAGCCAGCACGAUGGUCCUAUACAUUUCAAACAUUUUCAUUUCUGAGCCGCCUGAAAGUACAGCUGGAGUCCUUCCCUGAGAAACACAUGCAGGCCAAGAAGCCCAUGCAGAUCUUUGAGAGGUCUGUGUACAGUGACAGGUAUAUCUUUGCGAAGAAUCUUUUUGAAAAUGGUUCCCUCAGUGACAUCGAAUGGCACAUCUAUCAGGACUGGCAUACUUUUCUCCUGCAGGAGUUUGCCAGUCGACUGUCAUUACAUGGCUUCAUCUACCUCCAGGCUACUCCCCAGGUUUGUUUGAAGAGACUGCAUCGGAGGGCCAGGGAGGAAGAGAAAGGAAUUGAGCUGGCUUAUCUCGAGCAGCUUCAUGGUCAGCACGAAGCCUGGCUUAUUCACAAGACAACCAAGCUCCAUUUUGAAGCUCUGUCAAACAUUCCGGUUCUGGUAUUGGAUGUCAAUGAUGAUUUCUCUGAAGAAGUAACCAGACAAGAAGAACUCAUGAAGAAGGAUGUCUCUAUUGGUGCCUGCUCUGAACUCCCCCAUAUCAGUUUUCUUUUUCUUUCUUUCUCACCCCCCACCCUCCCAACCUUUCUAUGUUGAGGAUUUAACCCAGAGCCUGUAUCACUGAGUUAUAUCUCCAGACCUGGUCAAAAGAAAGAAGGAGAGAACAUCAAGAGCCCAAAGUUCGGCAUCUAACAUUUAGGGGUAGGCCAUCCAGAAUGGCACUCUGGCUUACACAGAAUACCGUGCCAGGUGAAUUUCAGAUACCCUGAAUGGAGUAUCACUCUCUGUACAGAAAGAAGUUUUUGUGCUGCUCUUCAAGCUUCAAGGACAAUUUAUUGUUAAGGAGGAAAAACACAUUGCUGUAUAGAAUUGAAAUAUUCUAUUGUAAGAAGCUUAUAGGCCCGUGAUUCACCAGUAUUGAAUUUCCUACACUGAACUUUGAAAAGUUCUGCAGACACACAGGAAAAUGGACUUGAGACUUGGAGUAUCCUGGAAGACAGAAAUAUGUGUUUCUGUUCUUCAUACUUUGGGAAAAUGAAUGAGAGACUGGCUUCUAACAAAUGUGUCAUGUUUGGGGAAAAUUUCAACAAUUUCUUUAUACUACUUCUAACAGCAUUAUUAAUAUAUUAUUCAUAAUCAUUAAUUCAUUUAGAGGGUACAACUCAAUGGUUUUUAGUAUAAUCUUAGGAUUGUACAACCAACAGCAAUUUCCAGAACAUAUGCAUUACUCCAGAUAAAGCCCAUAUCUUGUUUUUCCCCCCAAGAUUCUCCCCUGCCAUUUAAUCCUAUAUAACCACCAAUUUACUUUCUGUCUGUCUAGAUUUGCCUAAUCUGGACAUUUCAUAAAUGGAAAUACAUAGUCUUUUUUUUUACUUAGCAUAAUGUCUUCAAGUUUCUUCCAGAUUGUAGCAUGUCUAAUGUUUCAUUUUAUGGAUAUACCAUAUUUCAUUUAUCCAUUCAUUGGUAUCUAUCAUUUUGAUAGCUGUCCUAGGGGUGUGGAAUGAUAUCUCAUUGUAGUUUUGAUAUACAUUCCUCUGAUGGUUGAUGAUGUUGACAUCUAGUAGGUACUUUCUGAUCAUUUGUAUGUCUUACUUGGGUAACUGAAUUCAAAUCCUGAGAGUUCUUGAUGCUGAUCAGAUAGAUAUAAUGAUUUAUAAAUAUUUCCCCCAUUCUACCAGU